UCGCAAUCACCAUCCUGUUUACCAUUUGGACACUCCAGGAACUCUGGACUAUAAAAGCCACUGGGAAUCCAAGGGAACUCAAACAUCACUCUCCAAGGAGUUGCAGAGAUGAAGGUUUUGGCCCUCACUCUCUUCUGCUUCCUCAUUUCAGUGAAUGAAGCCAAAGUGUUUGAGAAAUGUGAACUGGCUGCACUUCUGAAACAGCAUGGGCUGGAUGGAUACCAUGGCAUCAGCCUGGCCAACUGGAUCUGCACAGCUUAUCAUGAAAGCAAAUACGACAGUAGCGCUGUGGGGCCACCAAACACAGAUGGCAGUCAGGACUAUGGGGUCUUUCAAAUAAACAGCCGCUACUGGUGUGACAAUCAACAGGGCGAAACAGCCAAUGGAUGCAGAGUCUCUUGCAGUGAAUUUUUUUCAACAGCUUUCACAAAUGACGACAUCACAGAUGACAUUGAGUGUGCUAAGACAGUUGUUCGUGACCCACAAGGGAUGGAUGCCUGGGUUGCUUGGAAGAACCAUUGCAAAGGAAAGGAUCUCUCUGAGUGGACAAGUGGCUGCAGCCUUUGAGCUCCAUGGUCCUGUAUGAGAUCUAGCAUUUCUCUGGAUUUCCCCUUUAGUGAAAGUGAGCUCUGCAAU